AUGUUUAUUGCGUUUAAAAGAAAAUACCCUGAAACUCUAGUAAGUUACAGAUUUUAUUCAGACACAUUCCACAAACAUUUUUCUCAUCUUCGAUUUGGAAAACCAAAAUCUGAUACAUGUUCUAAGUGUGACUUACUUAAUGCCAAAGGCUCUGUUGAAGAACAAAAGUGUCUUAAAUGUAAACUCGAAUUACAUCACAUAAAAGCUGAACAAGCCAGGAAAUCGCUAAAAAAUUAUACCAUUGAGUCACAACAACCAACUUCUGAUAGUUUAGUAAUUUCAAUAGAUUUGGGGCAGGUGAUCUUUAUACCUACCCUCCCUCAUAUUGACAUGUUUUACAGCCGUCAGCUGUCAUGUUAUAACCUGGGAAUACAUUUGGCCGAUACGAAUGGUGCCUUAAUGUGUCUUUGGAAUGAGUCGUUAACAGGAAGAGGUUGUGAUAUCGGAUCUGCAAUUUUGAGAGUUCUUCUCUCAGGAAAUUUGCAACCAAAAGUAAAUUAG